AUUUUUUUUGGUAGAACCUCAGCAGCGCGGGCUCGUCGAUCGGCUUCUGCAACCGAUUUCGUUUUUCCCGACCUGCCCACCAUGUCCUCCGAGGAGAAACGCAACGAAUUUCUCGAUACCGGCGACAGCGAUGAUGGUGCCGGCCAUGACUACGACUCCCAGGAUGAUCUUCAAAAGGGUGGGCGUAGCGCAAAGCGGAGGAGGGUAAACGACGAUGAAAGCGACGCGGAAGACUUCAGCGACCAAGAGGAAGAACAGAGGGAGAGCGGCGGCGCAACCGUGAGAGAAGGCACCACAGAGUCGGGAGGAGGGGCUGAAGAAAAGGAAGAGGCGCAAAAACGGUCCAAGGACAAAAAAACAAAGUCAACGGCCGAGCUCCCAGGGGUAUCAAAGCCACUGACCAAAAAGAAUCUUGUCGCGACUGAAGCUGCGAUCAAGAAGUCCGGCGUGGUUUAUCUGUCAAGGAUCCCACCCUUCAUGAAGCCCGCCAAACUUCGCUCUCUGCUCGAACCUUACGGAAAGAUCAACCGAAUCUUUCUCAGUCCAGAAGACCCCGCCGAGCACGCCCGUCGUGUGCGCAACGGGGGCAACAAAAAGCGGUUAUAUACCGAGGGUUGGGUUGAAUUUGUGAGAAAGAAGGAUGCGAAAAAGGCAUGCGACUUGUUGAACGCCCAAAUCAUCGGCGGGAAGAAGUCAAGCUGGUACCACGACGAUGUGUGGGCGCUCAAGUACCUGAAGGGGUUCAAGUGGCAUCACCUCACCGAACAGAUUGCGGCUGAAAAUGCUGAACGGGCCAGCAGAAUGCGCGCUGAGAUCGCCAAGACUACCCGCGAGAACAAGGAGUUCGUCCGCAACGUCGAGAAGGCAAAGGUUCUCAACGGCAUUCAAGCCAAGGCGGCAGCGAAACGGAAGAAGUCCGAAAACGAAGGGGAAGAUUCGAGCGGCGAAGAUGUGGCCGACAAGUCAGACAGCGGGCCAACGCAGGAAAGGAGACGGACAUUCAAACAGAUACCCCUGGCAAAGAAAAGGAAGCAGGAGGAACCACCGGAGCAGGUUCGGAGAGUGCUUAGCAAGAUCUUUUGAUAUCCAGUGUGGAGCGCCAGACAAGGACAAGAGUUGUUUACAAUGUGGUUCACUCUUCCCCUUACUUGGCCUUGUGCGUAGUAGCCCUUGUCCGUAUUCUUGGUUCUCGCGGGGAGCCGAUCGUAGCUGGCUUCGUUCCUUUGAGAUGUCUGACAGCCCGUUUAAUCCAAGCACGGUCUUGAUGGAAAUGCGUAGUAGUACAUCUACUCAAUGUUAGUCCAUCACAAUCUUAUCGGGCCAGACACUCAUUACUCCGCCAGACUCCCUAGGGAGUUCUUCUGACGGAAGCACUCGGAAUACGAACAAUGUUC